CAGGUACAGCACUCAGAGGAAUUGAGUUCCUCUAAGUGACACCCCUUCAUUCACAUGCAACUAUAUUUUCUGGAAAAUCAACAAAAUAAUGUAAAGUAGGCCUAAUGCUUUUUUACAUUACUGACAAUGAUUAUGAAACUCGUCCAGAACGUUGUGUCAUCAUAGGUUGAAUGACCUGGUGCUCUCUACUCAGUCAUUUCUCCUGUGGCUGUUGCAAAGGAGAACCAGAUGUCCUAAACCAAGAUUGAAGCCUCCCACAUUUUUGGGGAUUUAGUACCUGUACAACCAAUCAGCCAUGGGAGUCUGUCCUGCUGUGUCCAGGUACUUCCGGAGGUGCAAAUAUAUGAUACUGUUGCUGCUCUCGGUCUCCGUUUUGGCUUGGAUCGCCACUUUUGCCGGUGAAACAGUGAAAGCAAAUCAGGAUACCCAUAGGUCAGCACAGACACUUGAGGAUAAUGCUGAGGUCCUGAGGGGGGGCAAGCAAUACUCCAGCAGAUCAGUGACGCAAGUCUUCUCCAAUCCUCUCCCUGAUACCCCACCACCAAAAAAAAGCUGUCCUGAGAAAUCACCACUGCUUCGUAAGUAGGGCUACACAGUAUCCACAGAUGUUAUUGUAAGCUUAAUACAGGCUUUGCUAUAGCUUACUUACUGAUGAUAAUGCUAUGUUACUGUGUGUAAGUAUGAAAAAAAUGUAUGGACUCACUACUUGUAAGUCGCUCUGGAUAAGAGCGUCUGCUAAAUGACUAAAAUGUAAUUCCUUGUAAAGAACAUUAUGUACAGUGUGGCUUACCCCCUUUAUAUAGCCUCGUUAUUGUUAUGUACCUUUCUUGUGUUACUUUUAGAUUGUAUUUUUUUUACUUUAGUUUAUUUAGUAAAUAUAUUCUUAACUCUAUUUCUUUAACUGCAUUGUUGAUUAAGGGCUUGUAAGUAAGCAUUUCACGGUAAGGUCUACACCUGUUGUAUUCGGCGUAUGUGACAAAUAAAAUGUGAUUUAACGUGGAGAGAAGAACAUUGGUAAUCAAGUGAAUACUUUAAUGUGCAAUGUAGGGGUUGUAACUGCCAGAUGUAUUACUCAUUAACAUUGCUAAACUGAGGCUCAUUUGAUUAUUUUCACAUGCUGUAGCCUAUUUGCUAACAGUUUGCAUGUAGCCUACAUACAAUGGCUCCUUGUUGACAGGAAGUGUACAACCGUUGUAAUUGUAUUGUAUUGGCCUACACCAUAUGGGAGGCAGAUGGCACAGCGUUACAGUGGGUUUCCAUCAACACAAAUUCAUGUUUGAAGACGGCUUGUGUUUAUGUCCGUGGCCCAAACAGAAUGCACACACGCAUUUGUAAUUAUCUGUCCAGACCAUGCUAUUUUUCAGUUCAUGAUAUUUAGCCACACUUUUUAUUUAAAUUAGUGCCAUGUAAAUAUAUUGCAAUGGAGUUGAUGGAUUUAAAGCAUAGAUAAUGAAUUUGUCCAUAAGACGUUACAAUUUAGUUGUCUAGAUUUUCAUUAUGCCUAUUAUUUUCUGCCUACAGAGGGAGCCCUGAAGCUCACAUUCGAGGACUCUCUAACGCUGAAGGAGGUGGAGCGUGAGAACAGUGGAGUGGCUGCGGGCCAAUACCAGCCUCCAGACUGCCUCGCCCAGCAGAGUGUGGCCAUCCUCAUCCCUCACCGUAACCGGGAGAAACACCUCCUCUACCUCCUGCAUCACCUUCACCCCUUCCUCCAGAGGCAGCAGCUGCACUAUGGCAUCUAUGUCAUCCACCAGGUAUUACUCUCAUAUGAAGUUACAGUACAUGAUGUCAUUUCCUCAAUUAUAUUUGUAUUGAUUUUGAGCCGAUAAGGGUUACAAACGUUGAAAUUGAAAGAGGUUGAUGUUUGUGGUUGAUUUGUGUGUUGUGACAGGCUGGAGAGGUGACGUUUAAUCGUGCCAAGCUACUUAAUGUGGGGUACUUGGAGGCACUCAAGGACUACGAUUGGGAUUGCUUCGUUUUUCAUGAUGUGGAUCUGGUUCCAGAGAACGACAACAACCUAUACAAGUGUGACCAACAGCCUAAACACUUAGUGGUCGGCAGGAACGCCACAGGAUACAAGUAAAUAUCUUAGCUCUCAACUCAUGUCAACCUUUAUGCAAAAGAAGGUAAAUGUCUAUAUGCCAUCACAACAGCAUCCGAAGUGAUGUUGCAGCUAUCACUAUAUAUGGACUAUUCAUACCAAAUUCACUUUUUAACAUUUCAAUUAUUACUAACGUUCAAUCAAAGUCCCCUUUGUUUGUUUUUGCUCUCGUAGAUUGCGAUACAAAGGAUACUUUGGAGGGGUGACGGCCAUGACGAAGGACCAGUUUCACAAAGUGAAUGGAUUUUCAAACACUUACUGGGGAUGGGGUGGGGAGGAUGAUGACCUUCGCAUCAGGUGAGACCCCUAUUACUUUUCAACAUGGUUAGGGCUGUGGCGGUCAUGAAAUUUUGUCCACCGGUUAUUGUCAUGCAAAAGACUGCCGGUCUCACGGUAAUUGACCGUUAAUUAACAUAAACAUGUUCAGCAUCUCCAGCACUCAACUCAUACAAGCUGCUGAUGUGCGCCUUUGGAACAUCUACAUUUUGAAAAAAAGUAUAAUUUAAUAUACACCAUCACAAUAAAUCCAUUAUUUAUUUUAGUCAAACCUAAAGAAACAUUAUGAUAUGAAUAAAAUGUAUUUCAGAAGAACAGAAUAUGAGUUGGCCUACUGUAGGCCUAUGUUAUCUGGCUAUGCUCCAUGCCAUAGGCUGUAGGCUUGUUCAUUUAGCUUUCAAGAUAUGCUUAUAAGUUUUAUUUUAUAUGAUUUUAUAGUAAGAAGAAUAUAAUUGAACAGCUGAAUAAAAUAGAAAGGAUAUUUUUCCCAUUCCAUAGCGAGUGCGCAUAUGAAGUGGCUAUGUUGAGUGUAAAAGUGAUCAUUUGAAACAGGUUCUAUAUGCUAGAUUUAGAGUUAUUUGGCAACUUUAGUUGUGAAUGAUACAAACCUUAGAAUGUCUUAGAAAUCAAAACAUAAAUGGGCUGUAUGGUGCGACUAUGGGCUUUUGAUGAUUUGGGAAGUAGCAAAAUAAAGCUUGCGCUCUGUCCUUUGCCUCAGGCUGCACAGCUGUUCUCUCAUCAAGUGAUCAUAUUUUCACGUCAGACUAUUCUCUAUUUAAUCUUGUCUUUACUAAUAUGUAAAAUUAGUUUUGAUUUAGAGUGGCCCAUUAUUGCAGGGGCAGGGGAAAAAAUACAUAUAAAUAGCGAAUGGAGGCCAAGUGCUUUCCCGCCGGUCUGUUUUGUAGGCUACUUCGGUUUUAUAGCGGAGCAUGUGCUUAAUAUGAGCAGCUGAGAAAUAAAUAUAAGAACACUUAUUUCACUCCACGCAUCAACCACUGUUUGAGGAGCAUGCUCUCGCUGCGCAACAAGUAAUAUUCCGCCCAAACUCUGUAUGCCAUGGGCUCGCCGACCUUGUUCCUGCAGCUACCCAAUGCUUUAUUUGGGAAACCAAGUGAAAUCUGUUUGGGAACAUCAAUAGUAACUAUUUUUUCGUAACAAAACAUAUUUUACUAAACUUUUGACAGCCUGUCUGCGCGUUUGAGAAAGGAAUAAAGGAGAGAGAGGAGGAGAUGGAAACGCAUGGUGGUGAGAUUCUGUAUAGCUAAAGGUAAUGUGCCACCCAAUUUAAUUAUGAAAAUAUAAAAAUUCCCUAUUGUUAGGCUAUUCAAAAUCAAAUACAAAUUCACUAAUUGUAGGCUAACUGUAAGCUGCCCUGCACAAUCAAUGAACCAACAGCAUUGCUAAAUGUUCUCUCCCAGACUCAUUUAUAGAUAUUUUGGAGUGUAGCAUAAGGUAACCAGUCCAUCCAGUAUGCAUAGUAAUACAGUCCACACUCAAAGGCGAUUAUUAGAUUUUGUUUAAUUUUGGAGUACAGGCUAGACCAAUUAUGUACCAAAGACAUCUUAAAUCAGUUUUGUUGUAUGUUUAUCUGCCAUGCGUAAUAUGCGGUAGACUAUCUAUGUAUUGUAUAAGGGCACAAUCAUAAAUUAAAUUCAGUUAUUUUUUCGGGCUUGGGCUCAUAAGCUAAUGCAUAAGCUCUAAUAUGCAUACAGUGGGGAAAAAAAGUAUGUAGUCAGCCACCAAUUGUGCAAGUUCUCCCACUUAAAAAGAUGAGAGAGGCCUGUCAUUUUCAUCAUAGGUACACGUCAACUAUGACAGACAAAUUGAGAAGAAAAAAAAUUCAGAAAAUCACAUUGUAGGAUUUUUAAUGAAUUUAUUUGCAAAUUAUGGUGGAAAAUAAGUAUUUGGUCACCUACAAACAAGCAAGAUUUCUGGCUCUCACAGACCUGUAACUUCUUCUUUAAGAGGCUCCUCUGUCCUCCACUCGUUACCUGUAUUAAUGGCACCUGUUUGAACUUGUUAUCAGUAUAAAAGACACCUGUCCACAACCUCAAACAGUCACACUCCAAACUCCACUAUGGCCAAGACCAAAGAGCUGUCUAAGGACACCAGAAACAAAAUUGUAGACCUGCACCAGGCUGGGAAGACUGAAUCUGCAAUAGGUAAGCAGCUUGGUUUGAAGAAAUCAACUAUGGGAGCAAUUAUUAGGAAAUGGAAGACAUACAAGACCACUGAUAAUCUCCCUCGAUCUGGGGCUCCACGCAAGAUUACACCCCGUGGGGUCAAGAUGAUCACAAGAACGGUGAGCAAAAAUCCCAGAACCACACGGGGGGACCUAGUGAAUGACCUGCAGAGAGCUGGGACCAAAGUAACAAAGCCUACCAUCAGUAACACACUACGCCGCCAGGGACUCAAAUCCUGCAGUGCCAGACGUGUCCCCCUGCUUAAGCCAGUACAUGUCCAGGCCCGUCUGAAGUUUGCUAGAGUGCAUUUGGAUGAUCCAGAAGAGGAUUGGGAGAAUGUUAUAUGGUCAGAUGAAACCAAAAUAGAACUUUUUGGUAAAAACUCAACUUGUCGUGUUUGGAGGACAAAGAAUGCUGAGUUGCAUCCAAAGAACACCAUACCUACUGUGAAGCAUGGGGGUGGAAACAUCAUGCUUUGGGGCUGUUUUUCUGCAAAGGGACCAGGACGACUGAUCCGUGUAAAGGAAAGAAUGAAUGGGGCCAUGUAUCGUGAGAUUUUGAGUGAAAACCUCCUUCCAUCAGCAAGGGCAUUGAAGAUGAAACGUGGCUGGGUCUUUCAGCAUGACAAUGAUCCCAAACACACCGCCCGGGCAACGAAGGAGUGGCUUCGCAAGAAGCAUUUCAAGGUCCUGGAGUGGCCUAGCCAGUCUCCAGAUCUCAACCCCAUAGAAAAUCUUUGGAGGGAGUUGAAAGUCCGUGUUGCCCAGCGACAGCCCCAAAACAUCACUGCUCUAGAGGAGAUCUGCAUGGAGGAAUGGGCCAAAAUACCAGCAACAGUGUGUGAAAACCUUGUGAAGACUUACAGAAAACGUUUGACCUGUGUCAUUGCCAACAAAGGGUAUAUAACAAAGUAUUGAGAAACUUUUGUUAUUGACCAAAUACUUAUUUUACACCAUAAUUUGCAAAUAAAUUCAUUAAAAAUCCUACAAUGUGAUUUUCUGGAUUUUUUUUCUUCUCAAUUUGUCUGUCAUAGUUGACGUGUACCUAUGAUGAAAAUUACAGGCCUCUCUCAUCUUUUUAAGUGGAAGAACUUGCACAAUUGGUGGCUGACUAAAAACUUUUUUCCCCCACUGUAUGGUGUUUUUUGAGUUAAUCAUCACCUUAGAAAGCGCUGUCCAUUUCGCUGUGUUAGGCUUUGAAACAACAUCCACAACAACCAUGUUUUAUACUGUUUCAAAUUGAUCAUCACAGUGAGGUGAGUUUUAAAGGUAUGAUAGGCCUACUGUUUUGAUGACAAGUGUUUGAUGUGAUUUUAGAUUGCAUUUGCAUUGAUGUCAGAGUGGUUAGAGGGACAAUAAAGCCCUGAGCACCAGGUCAUUAGCAACCUGAUGAUAGUUAGCAGUGCAUAAAAGGAGAUUACCGUGACUCAACGAUCACGUGGAAUUUUACUGCGGUCUUAAUGUAACAUUUUGGACCUCACUCCAUUUCUGUCCUACGUCUUAGUCAAUACGGAAUGUUAUUGAUUGAUUUAAUUUGUCUCUGCUAGGGUGGAGCUCCAGAAAAUGAAGAUUAUACGGCCACCCCCUCUUAUAGCACGCUAUACCAUGGUAUUUCAUAAAAGAGAUAGCGGAAACGAAAUUAAUAAAGACCGGUGAGUCACUGUGGACACAUCAAUUAUAAAUUGCUUGCUGUAAUUAUAAUUAUUAGCCUAUUCGUCAUUUUAAUUCAUUUUAUUCUGAAAUUGUGUCUCCUUUACAGGAUGCUCUUGCUAGGACGAACACCUCAAGUCUGGAGAACAGAUGGCCUUAACACCUGUUCCUACAGUACUCUCUCAGUUGAGAGGCCUCUUCUGUACAUUAAUGUCACAGUGGACAUUGGCAAACCACUGCACUGAGGCUUCAGAGCAUCUGUCUUUCUUUACUGUAUUGAAUACAGUAAUUGUGAUCUGGUAUGUCCAUG